AGCCAGCCGGAAACUCCGCUGUUUAUCUCGGUACCGGUUCCGAGAACUGACGCUGAGGGAAAACCACAGAGAAGGCAACCUGCGAAAAUGCUGCGCAGUGAUGAUCCGCACAGAUCAGCUGAUCAGGAAACACCAGGUGGGAGAUUCCUGCUCAUUCAUCGAGUUUUUCUCCAUCACAGGUGAGUUUCUGUGGGAGCUGCAGUUCCUCCGUUAUUAAGGACGAUUCUCGGUCAUAUUCAGUCCGUCGGUGCGCUGAUGUCUGCGACCGACGGAGCUCCGGCGGCCCGGACGGUUCUGCAGCAGUGUCUGCGGGCUCAGCUGCAGGUCAGCCCGGCCGGAGACCAAACAGAGGCGCAGUUCGUCCAGAUCGACAGAGGAAUGGUGAUCUACAUCUGCUUCUUCAAAGGAGCCUCAGAACAAAUACUGCAGAAGAUGGUGUCCACGCUGCUGAAUGUCCGGCUGUGUGAGUCGUCCUCGGGGAAGCUGGUCUCGGUGUCGGAGCUUCCCGGCAGCGUUCUGAUCGUCCCUCAGGCCACGCUGGGCGGGAAGGUUAAAGGUCGAUCCAUGCAGUACCACAACAACAUCAGCAAGGAGGACGGGCUGCGACUGUACACCACCUUCGUGUCCUUAUGUGAGAAGGAACUCACCGCCGCUUCAGCCGGCAGUGGCGCCGAGGUGACGGUGAAACACGGGACGUAUGGAAACAGACAGGUGCUGCAGCUGGACACCAACGGGCCGUACACUCACCUGAUGGAGUUCUGAUGUCAGCAAAUCUGUCCCGUCACUAUCAUCUGCAUGUACAGCAGAGACGUGUGUUGACUGAGCUCACAGAAACAGCAUCUGGAAACACAUCUGGAAUGUGUUCAUUAUUUGUGUAAUCAGACCUAAAAGCUGCUUGUACUGUUUAUAAAUGUAAACCUAAAGAACAAAGUCAGCUCAGACUUUCCUUCAGUAACGUUGCGACUGAUUCAUCGACUCAUGGAAACUGUCACAUUAAUCGCCGUCUAUUUUGAUAAUCAGUUCCUUCAUUUGAGUAAUUUUUUAAUAAAAAACAGUCUAAGUUCUGUGA